ACCGCACUGUCCUAACUGUUUAUUUUUCAUAUCUUUGACAUAUCAGGAUUUACAUUUUUAUCAUUUCGUAUUUAUAAUAAACAUCGUGAGUGUGCCUUUGGGAGGGUGUAAGAACGUAUUUUAAUUAUUAUAAGUCAUGUGUGUUCGUGUUUUAUUAUGUGUUGUUUCUAUAAUCGGAAUUGUUUCCACACAAGACCAAGACGGGAUUCUAUUGAUUGCGGACGUGGUAGACGUAGUUGAAACUACAACAGAAGACAAUACACCAGAGAUAUGCAAAGUUUGCGAUUGCGGAGAUGGCGUACUGGACUGCACCAAGAGGAAGUUAGUCCAUUCGUUCACUCUUGAUGAAUGGGAUCAAUUGAAGGGCUUAAACAUAAAAGAGGUGGACCUAAGCGGAAACUCUAUAGAAAUGCUAACAGUAAUAUCGGAACUGCCGAUAGAAAGGUUGAACAUGUCGAAUAAUAGAAUAGAAAUGGUUGACGAUUGGUGCUUCAAGUAUCUGGAGAAUCUCUCCGUUCUAGAUUUGAGUAGGAACGAGCUGGAAGACAUGAACAAAAGAGCCUUUUGGGGUCUCUUGCUCCCAGACUCAAAGAUAAGGCCACUAUCUAAAAUGAGACAUCUCAGUUUGGCCUACAAUGAUCUUCAUGUCAUACCGAAAGAUGCUUUUGCCUUCAUGCACAAUUUAAGGUUUCUAGAUCUCAGCAGAAAUCCUUUGGGAAUUAUUGAUCAAGUCGCUACUGGAACUUUGACGGAGCUUCCAUUUUUAAGGGAACUCUUACUCAGCGGGUGUGGUCUAGAAACCCUGCCGGACGGCCUGUUCCGUUCGCUGAGACGUCUGGAACGUCUGGACAUCAGUAACAAUAAGUUCACGACAGUGCCGGCUGCUUUAAACGAAGCGAUCACACUUAACUUUUUGAAUUUCGACAAAAAUCCAAUCACUAAUCUCUCUGAAAAGACGUCCAUUUCUUCACUGAUCAGGUUGAGGGAGCUCCGUCUGUGUAACACCAGGCUGCAAAGGAUCGGACCUGGUGCACUGGGCGGUCUCGCCAGCCUCGAGACUUUGUACAUUUGCAAUAAUCCCAGACUGACGACCAUCGACGAGGAAUUCCUGAACUGGAAGGAUGACGACGGUACUGAUCUCUGGCCAGCUUUGAAACGAUUGUACCUCCACAACAACAAUAUAUCUGAAAUCGACCCGGACUUCCUGUUCCGUUGGGAUCAGAUCACCGAUGCUUCGUUCCAUGACAAUCCGUACGUGUGCGACUGCAACAACCAGUGGAUGGUGGACGUACUUGUGCCACUCAUCACUAGGAUCAACGGAUCAGCUGCUGAUAUGAUAUGCACAAAGCCUCAGGACGUGAGAGGCGUGUCAUUCGCACAGCUGUACGAAACAUCGAAGACCUUGGUAUGCCCCCAGUCUGCUGACACCGCAGAGUUGCCGGGAUCGCAUACCGCUGUCGUAUUAGGAGUACUCAUAGGUAUCUUCGCAGCGUUUCCUUUGGUCCUCAUCAUUGUUCUACUCUGGAAGAAAGGCCACUUCGCUAAAUGUCGGAAGAAAGUUGAAUCCGAAUCGGAAGAAGAAAAUGAUGCACUAUAAAAUCUCAAAAACUCUAAUUACUUUAAGUGUAACGGACGGUGCAAAUCUGACGGAAAGUCUGUCAAGCGGACGGAAGUGAGAUCAUCCGUCGAGUAUGCAAAUUUGAGUGUCAUAUUAUUUGUCAGUUGUGACAUUCCGCGA